AUGGCACUAAAGCAUAUCUCCGUUGUUAUUGGUCCGACGUGUGAGGUAUCAUCGGAAAGGGGAGGAGCAAAUAUAGCAUCAUUUAUUUGUGGAAUCGCCUUUGGAUGGACCUCGCCAGAAAUUCCACAACUGAAAAAUGAAACUACAACGCCACUGGAUAGUAUCAUAUCUGACUCGGAAGAAGGAUGGAUUGGUGCAUUUUUACCAUUAGCGGCUGCAGUUGGACCAGUUGGUGCAGGCAUUCUCGCUGAUUCAAUUGGUAGAAAGUGGACUAUUCUGAUUGGAAACGUACCUUUUCUUCUGGCAUUCAUUCUAAACGUUGUUGCGAAUUCCGUAUAUUUCUUCUACAUUUCGAGAUUUUUAUGUGGUUUGGGAGUCGGUAUUAUCUUCACAGUACUUCCCAUGUACAUUGGAGAAAUAUCUGAUGAUGGAUCUAGAGGAGUAUUAGGUUCUUUAAUGCAACUUUUUUGUGUAGUAGGAUUAUUAUUUUCCUAUGCACUUGGACCAUUUCUGUCAAUUAAAAUAUUUAACGCUAUACUUAUAAUUCCUCCAGCCAUGUUUUUGAUUCUAUUCUCAGUAUUUAUACCAGAUAGUCCCAACUUUCUACUGCAAAAGAAAAGAAUGUCCGAUGCUGUACAGGCUCUUAUGAAAUUUAGAGGACGAGAACUAUCAUUUGCCCAAAAAGAAGUUGAAGUAAUCAACACACAACUAGAAGAAGAUUUGAAAAGUAAAGGCACUUUUAAACUUAUCUUCAGAUCACCCGGACUUAGAAAGGCUUUGACCAUAUCUUUAACUUUAAUUGGAGCACAACAAUUAUCUGGAAUUACAUGGGUAUCGUUCAGGUACUGUACAACCCCACUUCUUGUAGACAGAUGCGGAAAACGACUUUUACUCAUGGUCUCAGGAUUAGGAAUGGCUAUAGCACAUAGUAUUCUAGCUUUCUUCUUUUAUUUAAAAAAUGAUCAACAUGCAGAUUUGUCAAGCUUAGGUUGGCUGCCGAUUUUAAGUAUCGUAGUAUUUAUUAUAACAUACUGUUUGGGUUUUGGACCCUUACCUUGGGCAGCCAUGGGCGAGAUCUUUCCAGGAAACGUAAAAUCCAUAGCAUCGUCAGCGACAGCUUCAUUCUGUUGGAUACUUGGAUUUUUCUUAACCAACUAUUUUGGAGCUGUGACAAAGGUGAUGGGACAAUCUGCAUCUUUUGGAUUAUUUGGCAUUUGCUGUGUGAUGGCUGCUGCCUACGUUUUCAAGUUCGUUCCAGAAACAACAGGAAAAAAUGUUAGUGAAAUACAAUGUCUUCUAGAUGGAAGUAUAAAAAAAAGUUUAGAAUUAAUAUAAACUCUUAUUUCAAGUGUUUAUAGCAGUAAUGUGAUAAUAUUUAUAUUUUUUGUAUUUUUUUAAUAAAAUAUUGUUUUCUUAGA